ACAUACGGCUUUCCUUCACUGAAAGACAUCUCGGCUUCGAUACGAUAGCUCGACUUGUACAAGUAGAUCUCACCGCCCCUUCUUCCCUUUCACCACCCGAGGAUUGUUCCUCCCUCCUCGGCUCCCUCAUACCUCUCCCUUUUUUAUAUCUUCAUGAUGGUUCAGCGCAGGAACCCCCUGCAGAGGGAGUUCUUCCCUCCAAGGGAGAAUGGCUGGCAUAAUGAGAGACCAUUCCUCGACUUAUCUCAGGAGGGUCGCUUCACAGCUCCCCCUGUCCACCCUCGAUGCUUGCCCGUCGAAGCUGCUCUGAGAGAGUGUGCUGGCCUCUCCGUGAAGGAAUUCGCACUCAUCGUCCUUGACGAGAAUGGAGAGGAGAGGACCUACACUUCGACGUCUCUGACGCCUCAUCAACAGAGAAUAUUUACGGAUCGUUUUAGAACCGACUUCCGUCGCACCAUACGAAGAGCUAACUUGGGAAGUUCAUAUCCCAAUUCAGCAUACAGUCAGGAUGGCACGUACAGCGAUUUCGAUCCCGAGAACCGCCACCGGAAGCCGUCGAGCAGCGGAGACUCAUCGUCUGGCGGGAGGAGUCGGCGACUACUUCAAUAUUCCAAGUCAGAGGAAUCGGACGAAGAUGACUCCGCCACAAGUGGGAAGAGGAAACGAUCUCGUCCUUCACUCUACCAAGGACGAUAUGCUGACAAUGAUAAUACGCCGGUCCCCGUCCAGAAGACCCAGCAAUUGGUCAUCGGUGAUGAAGCUGAGGUGGAACGCUUCUACUCGGUGCGCUUCAAAGACAUGCAGCAAUCUUCCUGCAAAGUGAUGGGCAAAGCCUUUGUCAAACUCGUGGAACCAAAGAAGCAGACGCACCACCCUUACACUAAGGGCGAUAUCAAGGCGCCGCCGUGGUGGCCGGAUACAAAAGGCGAGAAUUCAGUCCGACACAAGGAGCCUGAUCACCUCCUGAAAGCAGAACGAAUUCGACUCCUGGUUCACAUCUUGCGGAUGAUUGUGGAGCCACGUGAGAAACAGUGUCCCACCGUCCAGAAAUUGGGCUUGAACGUCAAGAAGUUAGAAGAAGCAACAAUGGAGUCGAUGUCGAAUUGGUUCAAUGACAAAGAACACCCCGAGAAUGCUGCGAAGAGGGUUUAUCUCAAGGAGAUUUUCAAAGUCGCAAAAGCUGAAGAGCGAUACAAGAACGGGGAAAUUGAUGGCUCGACCCGAAUCCCUGUGAUGUACGGCGAUAGGAAUGGGGUUGAUGUUUCGGAUGAUGACGAACCUGAUGAGGGCAUCAAGGAUGAGGAUGAAGAGCACGAGCCGAUGCCUGUUUCUGCCGCUAUGCCCACGCCAGAUAGUCUGGUUUCUCCUACCAGCAUGAUGCAAAGCCAGCCCCUCCAACAACCUGAAUCCGAUGCUUUCUACCGGAUGCGCCCUCUCCCGGUUCGCCAUUAUAGCCAACCCCAGAUGGAAGAACAUAACCCAUAUGGCGAUGGUUCAUACAUGCCUCGUGGAUUCCAGCCACCGAGUCCCGGCUCGCAAGAUCCAAACCGUCGCUCGUUCGCAUCUCCCGGCUAUCAGAGUCCUCAGCAGAGUCUUUACAGUUGGCAGAAUAGCAUGGUCAGCGCCGGCCCUGUAUCGUCGAAUUAUUACGUGACGACGUCGCCUCAACCACCUCUCGCACCACCGACUGCCCCAUACCAACUCCCCCCACCUCAUUCUCAGCAGGGCAUGCUUCCGCCGCCGAUGGUCCAGCAUAGCUUUGACAACCUGCCAAACGUCAGGUAUGACUCGGGGCCGGCCCUCGGAAAUCAGUUGAGGACGGGCAGCCUGCAUCACCCCAAUCAGAUACCCCAUGGCUUCCAAGAGUAUCUACAUGAUAGUGGGCCAUAUGGUCAGAAUGAUCCCGGCAUGAAGCAAGGUCAACAUGUCCAUACGGGCUAACCACGCCUCCGUCUUGACCCACGUUUGGGCAUCAAAUCUUUUGAAUUCUGUCUACGAUGGAGCAUAGG